GUCACUGUGCAAAGUUGGCAAAGGAAAUCAGUCGUUUUCACUCUUUUGAAAAAAAGAAGAAAAAAAAGAGGAAGAGGAAAAAAAGUUUGGUGCACUGCAGCACAGACAUGGAGCACACCGAGGUGGUGAAGCCAGAGACUCUGGAUGACCUGAUCAAAACCCUGCACCACAUCUUCGAAAGUGACAACAUCAAUGUGGAAGAAGUUCAAGAUAUCAUGGAAUCAUAUGAGAGCAAACCUCAGGAGUGGAUGAAGUAUGCAAAGUUUGACCAGUACAGAUACACAAGGAACUUGGUUGACUCAGGUAACGGGAAGUUCAAUCUCAUGAUCCUCUGCUGGGGUGAAGGCCAUGGCAGCAGCAUCCAUGACCACACGGACUCCCACUGCUUCAUGAAGCUGCUCCAGGGUCAGCUGAAGGAGACGCUGUUCAGCUGGCCAGACUCUAAAGCACACGGAGACAUGACCCAGAAGUCACAGAGGGUUCUGCAGGAAAACAGGGUUGCCUACAUAAACGACUCCCUCGGACUGCAUCGUGUGGAAAACGUCAGCCACACGGAGUGCGCCGUGAGUUUGCAUCUGUACAGCCCCCCGUUCGAGAGCUGCCAGACUUUCGACCAGCGGACAGGCCACAAGAACACCGUCAAGAUGACCUUCUGGAGCAAAUACGGAGAGAGGACCCCAUUCGAAACCACGAUUUCACAAGAAAACAACUGAAGGCCACCCAGAGGGGGCUCCAGAUAGUAAAGACAGUUGCAUUAAAAAGUGAAAAUACUACAAAAAUCGAUUCAAGGGAAAACUGCUCGGGGAAGCGAAACGCCGACCUUCUAUGACUAAGCAACCCAUUUACAAAAUCGGGAGUGGGCUGGUUCAAAAGGACAACGCGGUAAUUAGAAUGGCUUUAUCGCCGGCCAGUGCGAGCUUGGCAAAUACUGAUGAGCACAGGACGAAUGCAUGAAUAGGCUCGGACACGGAUUGAAUCUGCCUUUUGUUUGGUGGGCCAGAGGAGACCCUUUCCCAAUAACAACAUUCCUGUCCAUCCGCGACCUGCGUAACCACACUUCUGUAAAGUUAUGACCCAUAGUGGAACAAUAUAAACCUGUAGCAUUUCUUCUAGGGGAAUAUAGUGUUCCUCUCUAAAAAAAAAAAAAAAAAGAAGACAGCUCUGCAAUAAACAUACGCCGUACUUUUAUAAGUAUAUUUUCUGCCAAUUUUUACCACUCAUGAUUGUCUUAACACCUGUUGGAAAUUGUUGUGGAAUGUAACAUUGUUUGUACAGUCGAACUAAAAAAAAAAAAGGAAAAAAGAAGAAAAAAAAAUGUUCUGGAAAGAAAUGUAAAGCUUUGGAAUUGUGUGUUGUUAUGUAAUUUAUUUGCAGUGUAUCCUGUUCACUGAGGGAGAGUUUAAAUCAGCAAUUUCCUGAAUGUGUUCAAGCUAAAGUUUUGACCAAGAGAGUAUUGUUGAGCGGCUAUUUUGUAUUCUUAUUAGAAAACAUGUUUAGAGAAAGAAAUAAAAAAAACUCAUAAUUCUUCUCAGGAUUUUGGCACAUUUUGAUUGUAGCAGUAUUUAUAUAGUGUGUAACUUUACAGUGUAGCACUUCUCCUGGCACUGUCAAACGCACCUGUGAUUUUCUGUGAUUCAGUAAAUAUGAAAUCUGGACAUAACUGUAGAUCAAUAAACGCCAUUAUCCUUUCAAA